AUGGCGGCUCCCGCUGUCGUAGCCUGGCUCGCGUUUGGAAGCGGUGUUGGAGGCACUGUUGUUAGUGCUGGAGCUUUCGGCGUUGCACUUCGGGCGAUGCGUAUUAACCUUCGCUCUCUCGAAUUCAAUAUCAGAAGUAGAGAUAUCGAUGACCUACGGAAACAGGCGGAAUACCUCGAGGACUCUAUCACAGCCAGUUUGGAGGCCCUUGAGAAGAGGUUCCCUGAUAACAAGCACACGUGGCCAUUCACACUCAAGAAAGCUCAGCUGCAACGCUCCCUGGCCCUCAAAGAGCAGAAGCUACGCAAGAAGGCCGAGGCAAGAAGAAGACCAGGAAGGAAGAUGAACAAGUGUACAUUACCUUACUUCAGCGGACCCGAAUCCUACGGCCACUUCACACACCACACAGUCUUUGCAAAAUACACCAGCAUACGCCACGUCUGA